ACCGCGGCUGCCGGGAUGCGGCGCGUUGCGGGCGGCUCUCCGCUCUCCUCCCGUCGGCCCAGCGCCUCCCGGGCCGAGCAGCGCGGCGGGGCCGGCAGCCAUCCCGCUGCGGGCCCCCCCGAGCGGUUCCCGGUGGCGGCGGUGGACGCCAUCCUGAAGGCCGUGCUGGAGGGCUGCCUGAGGGAGCGGCGCUACGAGCCGGGGCUGUGCCGGGAGAUGGCCGCGACCGUCGGCGAGGUGAUCAAAGCUCGGGUGAAGGACCUGGUGCUGCCGAGGUACAAGAUUGUGGUGGUGACACACAUUGGGCAGCUGAGCGGGCAGGGCAUGCAGAUCAGCAGCAGGUGCCUGUGGGAUCCUGCCACGGAUACCUUUUCAUCCUACGUCUUCAAAAACACCUCGCUGUUCGCUCUUGCAGUUGUCUAUGCUGUCUAUUUUGAAUAGCCAGGUCGCUGCUUUUAGCAGCAGGAGAAAUGAGUUUCAGCCUGAGUCCUCCUGUUGCUGAGAGCAGCAGUGAAGGACCAAGACAACAUUCACCUGCUUAGAAGCAUGGUUCCCCUGAGCCAUCACUAUAUUCCCCAGGGCUUUCUCUGGCGAGUGAUCUUCUGUGGGAUGCCAUUUUGCACCUUUAGCUGCUUUCAGCACUGGGUGUCCCUGUAACACUUUUUCUCCUUGAAUUUCCCGUGAGUGCAUGAUCCUCCAAGAAAUCCCAGAGUGCUUUUUAGAAGGCAAAACGAAUGCAUCUGGAACCAACCCGCACGAUGGGGCGGCUCAGCCCCGGCCCCAUGCGACCGCUGCCCUGCUCAUGCAGAGUCCCAUUGUGUGGCCAUGCAGAAGGCAGAAAGCUAGAAAGAUAACAGGAGAAAUGCAUCUCUCUGAGCUCAGAGGCGUAUUGCCCAUCUGCCCAGCUGCAAAGUGACCGCGCAGCGGGCAGGACGUCCGGUAAACGGGAAAUAAAUCACGGCUCCUCCUGCGUGUUUCGAGGGCAGACAGAGGGGUCGCUGUGUGAGCUGCUGUUGCAGCCCCCACGCUGCGCCGCCCGGCACAGAGCCACGAGCUCGGCGUGGUACCGGCACAUGCUUACUGCUACCCCUGUCUCGCGGGUGAUACCCGGGUCCAAAAGUCCCUGCUCUGGGGUUUUUGUAGCUCGCUAUGUUACGGCUUCUCAUGUGCCAAGACAGGAGUGAGGUGGGAGGAGAUAUUUGUACUCACGUCUAAGAUUGCAAUGCUAAAACACUGUCGUGCUUUGUAGAAUCCCAACAAACCCACCCGAGUUGCAUUGCAGCUCCUAACACUCAGCCUUCGCCCCUCCGCAUACUUGAAAGAAUAAAGGUACAGCUAAAGAACACGA